AUGGCUAAUACUAGGGCUAAUGCUAGGAGAGAUGAGGAAGAUAAUGGAGAGCAAGAAGUUCCUCUCCAAGUUCCACCUCAAGUUCCUCCUCAAGUUCUAAAUGACCCUCCGAUGGAGAAUGUCACUCUUGUGGAGUUUAAGGCUUUUAUGCAAUUGUUGGCUCAAGCCUUGAAGACGCAAGCCAAUAGAGAUGUUGUGGCUCCAACAAACCCAAUAAGGGGGAUGGGUGCUUAUAGGGUAAGAGAGUUUUUGAGGAUGAACCCUCCGGAGUUUUAUGGAUCCAAGAUGGAAGAAGAUCCUGAAGUGGCGGACUCAAGGGCUAGAAUGAAUAAAUUUGUGAUGGGAGUGUCCGAAUUGAUAGAAAAUGAGUGUCGUUCGGCAAUGCUUAUCCCUAGUAUGAAUAUUUCAAGUCUCAUGGUUCAUGCCGAACAAAUUGAAGAGCAAAAGCUCAAGAAAAUGAAUAGUGAGGCAAAGAGAGUUAGAACCAAUGAUGGGAACUUUUCUAAUGCUAAGUCCGAUGGACAAGGUAGGCCUAGGACCAAACCAAGGUAUGAUUCUUCCAACACCCCUAGGUUUGACAAAGAAAAGUGUAGUGGAUCUCCUUUUCCCAAGCCUACUUGCAUCGAAUGUGGAAGGAGUCACUAUGGUAAGUGCCUAGUGGGCAUGGAUGGUUGCUAUGUGUGUGGAAAGGAUGGGCACAAAGUGAGAGAUUUCCCGGUUCUUAAGGCUAAAGGAAGAGAGGGUAAGAAAGUUGACUCUAGAGGUGUUGAUGAGGAGCCUCAGAAGAAGAAUAGAUUUUAUGCUCUCCAAUAUAGAGAAGAUCAAGAGUGA